AUGAAUGGCGCGAAUUCAUUUGAGCCCUGGCUGAGUGAUUGUUACCAGCAGACAGUUUACUGUUUUCUUACGAUGAGCUUAUUUUUAGGUGCAACUUUUCAGUCACGAGAAGCCUUAGAUGCUGCUGUAAACAACUAUCAGUGCACAACAAACCGAAAUUUUAUUUAUACUUCGACAACGUAUGUCGACAAAAGAAAUUUGCUGCAUCCAGUAAAUCCUGAACUGCAAAUUUACACAGCUACAGUGAAAUGUAUUCAUAAUGGGCCCCCGAAAGUCUAUAAGAGAAGAGUUAAGAACCCGAAGAUAGGUACAAAUUGUCCAGCUUUUUUUUCAUUACGAUUGGCCCAGAAGUAUUCUGUUCUGGAGAUUCAUCGUUGGAAUGAUCAGCACAAUUGCGACUUGAGGGUGCUACCUUUGGAUGCAUCUCCAGCAAAUUUUACUGUGCGACGUUCAUCAUCCGACUCAAAUGGUUCAUCAUGCCGCUCUCGCUCUUCAUCACGCCGCUCUCGCUCUUUAUCGCCCCGCUCUUCAUCACGCCACUCUUCAUCACGUCGUUCUUCAUCGUACCCCUCUUCACCAUGCCGUUCUUUAUCACGCCGCUCGUCAUCAUUGUCUUCAGUAUCAUCGAUUUAUACUUCACCGAAGUUUUCCCCUUUGUCAUCUUCAGAAACCGAAAAAAGAGCACUGGAUAAUACAUAUAAUAUAUCUUUAGAUGAAAAUGGCAAAUUUUCUACCUCAACGCCGAAUUCUACCUCUACCUCUGAUCUCAUUUAA